AUGCCUACACGUCAUAAACCAGGUGGAAAUGAUACACAGUGUCGUAAAACCGGUUGUUGUGGAUCUUGUUGUGGCGGUUGUACAACAAAAUCAUCUCAUACAAAGGCGAAUGGAAGAAGACGAAUUCGUGAAAUUUCAUCUCCUUUACGCCCUGAGCAGUUGUCAUAUGUUCUUAGUCGGAACAAACAGUUCGAUGAACACGCUAUACCAUCAGCUUGGAUUGCACCAUUCCCAUCGAAAAAUGCUACUGAUAAAUCCUUUAAAGCCGACACUUUUCACAUUGAUUCACUACAACAACGUAUCAGUCCUAGUCUGAUACCAACAGUUCCAGCUAAUGUACAGUCAUCUGCCCCGGCGUCUUUUUUAGACGAUCGACAGGCGGACAAAGAAGACAGAUCACGUCAACAAUGGCAGCAUAGACUUCAUGAUGAUGAUCAAAGUCGAACAUCGUUGGUGUGUAGUCUGUCUGCGGAGUUGGCAAGUGUUGGUAGACAUCGAUUUCGAUUGACGUAUAUCACGGAUCGUUUAUUAGUUGUUAGCUAUCCACCGAAUGCCACGAAAACUGAUCACAAUGAAGGCGCAAGAUGGUUGUGCAAAGCAUUUGAAAAACGUUAUGGUGAUAACUAUAGGAUAUUCAACUUGUCGGGUUUCACAAAAGAACUGCACUUUUCAAGUAGAACUCCUGUUAUUGAUCUUUUCUGGGGUGGAUCACUUGCACCUGCAUUAGAACAACUUGUAACAGCUAUUGAUCAGCUAGACUUUUGGUUGCACAAUCAUGAUAUCGGUGGGUCAACAACAACUGGAGAUGGAAAACGGUCAAAAGAAGCCUCAAUUGUAAAUAAUCGUGUAGCUGUAUUACACUGUACGGGGCCUAAAAGUCUAUUGGCCACCUAUUUAGCUGUAUAUAUAUGUCAAUCAAAGGCUAGAUUUGGUCCGUUGUGUGGACAAAGACCAGGUUCACCAACAGCACGUGGUCUACAAUGGAAUGAAAAUAGAUUUCGAAGAUUUAAAAAUGAACUUGUUUUAGGCCAUACAAUACUGAAGAAAUUCUAUGAAGAUAAUUUAGCCAGAGAGCUGAAUCCAUCACAGAAAAGAUAUGUCGGAUAUUUCUCUGGUUUACUAACUGGAGCCUUGAUAUUACAAGAUCGUUUAGUCUAUCUGCACGCGAUUGUUUAUCGUGAUUCCUCCCGUGGCCGGUAUUUGGGUCAACCACUUGAAGCCAUUGCAGAGAAUAAUGAAAACUCAUUAUACGCACAACCAGAAGAUAUACUGGCUCGAAUGCAACAUGCUACUGACGCCAAUCGUGGGAAUUAUUUACCAGACAAUCAAAUGGUGAUAUGA